AUGGCUGCUGCAAAUACAAGUGUCCAUCGAAAAGACAAUGAUAAAAAUUUAAGUGAAGUAAAUGAAGCUGAUCAUGGUUUGAUGUGGAGUAUCGAAAAUGUAUGCUACUGGUUAAAACAAAUUGGCUUAGAAAAAUAUUGUGGUGCAUUUCGAGCUAACAGAGUAAAUGAAUUUUCACUUUUAAGUGAAAAUGGCAAUGUUGAUUUAUUAAGUGAAUUAAUAUCAGAUGUAAAUGAUCGACCUGCAUUUAUAAGAGCUAGACAGGAAUAUAUAGAGAGUGUCAACACACUCGGAAUCGAAAAUGCUAACGUGUCGACCGUAAUUCCUGACAGUAUGAAGAACGAAGAAUUACAAUUCUUAGAACCAAAAAUUAGAAAAAUAUUUUUAUCUCACGAUGCAGAUAUGGAUGGCUAUUUAAAUUUAAAUGAAUUUAUAACAUUUCUCCAACAUCAUUUAAAUCUAACAUUAGAUGAAAGUCAAAUACAUCAAAUAUUUAAUGAUAUGGAUAAGAAGAAAAUAGGAAAACUAGAAUUUCAAAACUUUUUUCAAUAUCUUUCAAACUUAAUUAAGGGUGAUGAUGCGGAAAUAAUAUCGGCAUCGCGCCAGCUGCAACAACAAGAACAACAACCCAUUAGUGCAGCAGCUAAAGCAAAAUUCGAUUUAUUUGUUGCACUUUUGAACGCAGAUAAAGAAGGUAAAUGUCGUUUAGGUGGUAUAACACAGUUUAUGAAUAAAAAAUGGUCUACAUUCAAUAACUAUAUACGUUAUGGUCAAAGUGGACAAGUGGUUAUGACUGGUAGUGAUAAUAUUGACGAUAUUUUACCCGGCGAAUAUUCACUUGUUGAUUUAUCUUGUUGGAAGGAUAAUUUAACAGAAAUGAUUAAACCACUACAUGUUAAAAUACCAAAUGUUCGAUGGCUAUCUAGUCCAGAUAAAAAACCCGGCCUGUUAAUAUUUCCUGCGAACUUUAAUCGUAGUAUUCCGACUGACAUUGCAACCGCUCAAAAUCUCAAAUAUUAUGGCUGUGCAUUUGCAAAUGACAAUCAGUUGAAAGUAUCACUUUUACAUCGGCAUGGUACAUGGGAUUUUACUUAUAUGAAUAGUUAUAAAAAAGAUUAUGUUGAAGGUGUAAAUGGUCCUGGUCUCGAACGUCAUGGCUUUGCACAUUUAGAUUGUCCACAUGCUCAUCAUACCAGAAGUGGACGGUUUAUAUUGGGUAAAUUUUCUGAGGAGGAUGAAUCCGAAUUACAUUUAACUGCAUUUAUUAUCCCAACACAACAUACAUUAUACAUACCACCAUAUACAAUACAUUCAAAUGAUUAUCUCCAAGGUAGAUGGAGAACAAUGCUAUCUGAUGCCGAUAUUGAUCGUGUUCUGUUAACAUGUGAGAGAGAUGUUGGAAAUUUAGAACCAUUUUCAUUCCACUUUCCAGGUAAGUGCGCAUCCAGCGCGGAUUCUAGUACUUUCAUAUAAUAAAGCAUGAACCAUAGUUUUCAUAACCCAUUUAAUAUCCAUUCCUGUAUGGCAUGAGUCUUCACAGAUGCAAAUUCUGAACAUUUUAGACAACUGAAUGCACACAUAGCAUCCGAUAUGCAAAGACAUGUUAUCUGUCUUUUCACUCACUUGGCAGCGAAUUUUUUAUUUGACUCUUCUUCAAAAUGGCACACUUCUCGUAAUUAAUGUCGAAAAACUGCUAUAUAUUAUUUGAUUAUCAGCAGCAGACACAUUCUAUCCCGC